GAACCGUCCAAUCCGGGGGCGCCUAUGCGGUUUCCAUGGCAGCGGAGUAGGCGGGGCUUCCUGUAUUGACCCUCAGAGAAGAGCCGGAGGAAGGAAGGAAGGGAAGAAGGAGAAAAGGAGGGAAGAAGGGGGAAAGGAAGCCAUGGCGGCCUUCGGAGGUUGCGUCUCGUUGCGCCGCGGACCCGAGCACCCGUCGUGAGCCCUCGCUUUGGCCUCCGUAUCCGCGAUGUUUGGGAAGCUGAAGCAGAACCUGCUGCUGGCCUGCCUGGCGCUGAGCUCGGCCACGGUCUUCUACUUGGGCCGCCACGCCAUGGAGUGCCACCACCCGCACGACCGGCACCGCGUCUCGGAGCGGGGCCUCCCCCCCUCGUCGCCGCCCCCCAACGCCUCGCUCCCGUCGCCGCCGCCGCCCUCGUACGGGAAGGACACCCCGCUGAUCUUCGUGGGGGGCGUGCCCCGGAGCGGGACCACGCUGAUGCGGGCCAUGCUGGACGCCCACCCGGCGGUGCGGUGCGGGGAGGAGACGCGGGUGAUCCCGCGGCUGCUGGCGGCCAAGCAGAUGUGGGCGCGCUCGGGGAAGGAGAAGGCGCGUCUGGACGAGGCGGGGGUGACGGAGGCGGUGCUGGACGCGGCCGUGCGGGCCUUCCUGCUGGAGGUCAUCGUGCGCCACGGGGAGCCGGCCCCCUUCCUCUGCAACAAGGACCCCUUCGCCCUCAAGUCCCUGGCCUACCUGGCCCGCCUCUUCCCCCGAGCCAAGUUCCUGCUCAUGGUGCGCGACGGGCGGGCCGCCGUCCACUCCAUGAUCUCCCGCAAGGUCACCAUCGCCGGCUUCGACCUCGGCAGCUACCGGGACUGCCUGGCCAAGUGGAACCGGGCCAUCGAGACCAUGCACGGGCAGUGCCUGGAGGCCGGCCCCCGCCGGUGCAUGGCCGUGCCCUACGAGCAGCUGGUCCUCCACCCCGAGACCUGGCUGCGCGCCCUGCUCCGCUUCCUGGGCCUGCCCUGGCACCCCGCCGUCCUCCACCACGAGGACAUGAUCGGCAAGGCCGGAGGAGUCUCCCUCUCCAAGGUGGAGCGCUCCACGGACCAGGUGGUGAAGCCGGUGAACGUGGCGGCGCUGAGCAAGUGGGUGGGCCAGAUCCCCCCGGACGUCCUGCGCGACAUGCCGGUCAUCGCCCCCAUGCUGGCCAAGCUGGGCUACGACCCCUACGCCAACCCCCCCAACUACGGGAAGCCCGACCCCAACGUCCUCGAGAACACACGCAGGGUCCAUAAAGGGGAAUUCCAACUCCCCGACUUCCUAAAAGACAUGCCUCAGACGGACGGCGUGAAAUAGAAGAACGGCUGUGGGAUCUCAA